CCGGUUGCGGGAGGCCCCGCCCCCGAACCGCCCCCGGCUCGGGGUGCGAAUCCGGUGCUGGCUAGCGGCGGGAGAUGCUGGAGGUUCGCGAGCCGGAGCGGCUGCAGCAGGCGCCGCGUCUGCCACGCGUGUGCCCGGAGCGGAUUCUGCCCGCUGCCCCUGGAGCCCUCGGCGUCCCCACCGAACCCGCAAUCGCUUCCUCCCAGUGACGGACCGGCGCUGCAGCUCAGAGUCCGGCAAUGCCGUUUGGGUGUGUGACUCUGGGCGACAAGAAGAACUAUAACCAGCCAUCGGAGGUGACAGACAGAUAUGAUUUGGGCCAGGUCAUCAAGACUGAGGAGUUCUGCGAGAUCUUUCGGGCCAAGGACAAGACAACGGGCAAGUUACACACCUGCAAGAAGUUCCAGAAGCGAGAUGGCCGCAAAGUGCGGAAGGCAGCCAAGAAUGAGAUAGGCAUCCUAAAGAUGGUGAAGCACCCUAAUAUCCUGCAACUGGUGGAUGUGUUUGUGACCCGCAAGGAGUACUUCAUCUUCCUGGAGCUGGCCACGGGGAGGGAGGUGUUUGACUGGAUCCUGGACCAGGGCUACUACUCGGAGCGAGACACGAGCAACGUGGUGCGGCAGGUCCUGGAGGCCGUGGCCUACCUGCACUCACUCAAGAUUGUGCAUAGAAACCUCAAGCUGGAGAACUUGGUUUACUACAACCGGCUGAAGAACUCCAAGAUCGUUAUCAGUGACUUUCACUUGGCUAAGCUAGAGAAUGGCCUCAUCAAGGAACCCUGUGGAACCCCUGAGUACCUGGCCCCGGAGGUGGUAGGCCGGCAGCGGUAUGGACGCCCUGUGGACUGCUGGGCCAUUGGUGUCAUCAUGUACAUCCUACUUUCAGGAAACCCUCCUUUCUAUGAGGAGGUGGAGGAAGAUGACUAUGAGGACCAUGACAAGAAUCUCUUCCGCAAGAUCCUAGCUGGCGACUAUGAGUUCGAUUCUCCAUAUUGGGAUGAUAUUUCACAAGCAGCCAAAGACCUGGUCACAAGGCUGAUGGAGGUGGAGCAAGACCAGAGGAUAACUGCAGAAGAGGCAAUCUCUCAUGAAUGGAUUUCUGGCAAUGCUGCUUCUGAUAAGAACAUUAAGGAUGGUGUCUGUGCCCAGAUUGAAAAGAACUUUGCCAGGGCUAAAUGGAAGAAGGCCGUCCGAGUGACCACCCUCAUGAAACGACUGCGGGCGCCAGAGCAGGCCAGCACGGCUGCAGCCACAGACACUGCCGCCGCCGCUGGGGCUACAGGCGGGGCGACAGCCACAAGUGGAGCUGCCCCGGCCCCUGGGAGCAGUGCCACCCCAGCCACGACGGGUGAUGGAAAGAGCGAUAGUGCAGCCCCCGCAGACCGCAGUGUCACCCCAGCCACAGAUGGCAGUACCACCCCAGCUACUGAUGGAAGUGUCACCCCAGCCACAGAUGGCAGCAUCACCCCAGCCACAGAUGGGAGCGUCACUCCAGCCACUGACAGGAGUGCCACUCCAGCCACGGAUGGGAGAGCCACACCAGCCACAGAAGAGAGCACCAUGCCCACCACCCAAAGCAGUGCCACACCGGCCACCACCAAGGCAGCUGCCACCCCUGAGCCGGCUUUGGCCCAGCCGGACAGCACAGCCCCAGGGGGCACAACAGGCCAGGCUCCACCCUCUAGUAAAGGGGAUGAGGCUGCUGGCCAGGCCCAGGAGUCUCGGAGGGAGGAGAGCAGCUGAGAGGGCAGGCUGGUGUGGGGGGGGGGGGGGUGGGAGAUGGGGCAGGAGGGUGGGAGAGUGGAUGAGGGGCUUCUCACUGUACAUAGAGUCAUUGGCAUGAUGCCCUCACUCCCCCACCUCUGCCUCCCAAUGUGGGGCAUGCCUGGGGGCUGCAGGAGAGCUGUGGCUUCUCCUGUGUGUAUGUGCGUGCGUGGUGGGCAGGCCAGAGGCAGGGCCAGCCCCAGCCCCUGCAUGGAUUCCUUGUGGCUUUUCUGUCUUUUGCUAGCUUUACCAGUUACUGUUCCUUGUGGGAUGCUGCUCUAGGGAUACUCAGGAGGUCCCUACUCCCCUUUCCCUCCCCUUUUUGCCUCAUAAUUUCCCCAGGCAGGCCCUGCAGGUCCCAUCCUCCCCCAGGUCCUAAACUUGGGUGGCCUUGCCCUGAGAGCUGGUCCUCCAGCGAGGCCCUGUCAGUGGUCUUAGGCUCCUGCAUUGAAGGUAUGUGCCUGGGAUGUGUCAGCUCCUCUAGUAGACACUGGCAGGUACAGAGAAUGCAAACUAGGACACUGUGCUUCAAGAUAAGACUGAUUGCAUGGCCCUGCUUGGUAGUUCUGGGAGUCCUCAGAAGUAUAGGAGAAUGGGAAGGGGGUAGAAGCUUUCAUCUUGUCCCUGAAAAGUCCUUCCCAAGGAUUUAGAGAGAGGUCCUAGAGCUAUUUCUCACCCUCCUAGGGCUCCUGCAGUAGGUUGCUCUGUGCCUGGAGCUUGUAAUAGGAGGGAAGGAGGAGCAAUUAGCAUCUGGCAGUGUGAACUGGAAAGGCAGAGAGUAGCCCAAUACUUAAUGUCCCAGCUUGGCCAACUUCUCGCAUGGAAGACAGGGAAAGGCUGACAUCCCUUGGUCUUCCCAGCUGGCCCUCCUUAGUCUCAGCCUACAGUUCUCUCGAUCCCAGGGCGCCUGCCACAUAGCAGUGUUCCAUAGUCUAGUUUGGGGGUUUGCCCUACAAAGGGGCAGAUCUUCUCUUCUAGUUCAACAAAACGAAGGAAAACUUCUCGUUAUUUAUGGCCCACUUCCCUUUUCGUCAGGGCAUAGAGAGAGGCCCAGGUGCUUCAAAGCCAUGCUGAGUUGCUUUUGGUGAGGGAGUAGAAUAAGGCUCCUGGUUGCUGAUGGAGGCUCCUGGCAGGUGCCCCUUGUCAGACCCCAUUACAGCUGGGCAGGCAGCCACGCUGGUCCCAGCCCUUGCUUGGCACUCUGGGCAGUCUUGCCCUUCUUCCUGCAUGCCUGUGGGUCUGCUCUGGUGUAUGAAGGUCAGUGGGCUGUGUGCCUGCUGAACCUGGCAAAUAAAUGUCACCCUGCCAAAGCCUCUGACCACCCUCUU